AUAUGGUGAGACAGAGCACAUACCUUGCUGGUGACAGUGUCAUCACCUAUCUGCCUGCGGACAAGCCGACACGUAUCCUGCAGCUGUUCAUAAAAUUCAAACCACUCAGCAACACUGGAGUACUCAUGUACAGGUUUAACAGGUCGUGCAGUGAAGUGGCGUGCAACCACGAAAUCUUGAUGGAAUUGAAAGAUGGCUAUCUUCGUCUACAGGCCAACAUCGGAGCCGCGAGCCUAUCACCAAUUAAUAUCGCAGACCAGCUGACGCCCGCCAGGUGGCACACCGUGCUUCUGACGAUCGCCGGACAGGCGGCCAUCGUCCGGCUGAACGACUUGCAAGGUUUCGUCAUGAACUUCACGGGUGUUGUUCCUGAUGAUGUCGAUUACGACCAGCCAAUGAUGAUCGGCUCGAAGGGAGAGCCAGAAGUCACAAAGUCUGAUCAUCCAGGUUUCAAGGGAUUUAUUUCUGCUCUGCAUGUGAACUUUGAGGCAUAUACGCUGCAGCAUACGGAACACUGGCAGGGUCAUGGCAGCCCGGAGUACGGCAUAGACAUUCAGACGGAUAACUCAG